AUGACACAAGCUUCCUUGCCUGAGGAGACUUUUGAAAGCACAGUAUCAGCAUCUACCAUUAAGAGCCAAACUACUUCGCUUUCUACCGCAGAACUAGCCAUGGAAAGUCCCCCUAGAGCAAUGCCUGAGCUCGUACGACGAGGGAGUCUGUUGACCUCAACCACGACCCCUUUGCAAAGUACUGCCACCCAAAAACAUGCAAAUCCUUCAGAACUCGAGCCCAACCAACAGCAGGAUAACAGUCCUAGCAAUAUUCUGUUAGCAAAGUUGGUCGCCACGCUAUCAAGAGAGAAGCUGACCACUGUUUCCCAAUAUGCAAUUAUCAUUACGAUGGUCUGCAACGUUAUCCUGUUUCUCUACAAGCUGGUGCAUGGGGCUAUGUGGUUGCACGAAAAGUCUCUCAAAAAACCCGAAUCUAACGCACAACAAAAUUCCCCAGCGGAUGUUGCGCUCGUGAGACGCCCAGCAGCAUCAGAGGGUCAAAGCACGGAGGAUGGACUGAUAUCAGCCACGGCUGAUUUGAAAUCGGCGGCGGCUGACUUGAAAUUGGUGGCGGCUGGCUUGAGAUCGGCGAGCGAAGCUUCUCAAGAUAAUCAAGGGAAUUCAGUAACGAGUGGUCAAGUUGCAACCGGGCGGCCUUCUUGA